AUGUUCGAUGAUGAGUAUGUUGAUAACGACUUUCUAGAUGAUGACUAUGGAGAGUCUCUUAAACCUUAGAACAAAGCAUAGGAUUAAAGAUUACUAGCGAAUCUUAACAGACUACCUACAAUUGGAUAGAAAUCAGGACUAUUUGAGGAUGAAAUACAGCCAAGAUCAACUUCUACUAAAAACAAAAACAGCAAACUUAGCAAUAAUAAACCAAUUCUUCCACCAACUUAAAAGGCUAAUUUUAAACUUGAUUAGGACUCAGAGGAUGAUAUAGAUUUAGGCAGUGACGAAGACGAUGAAGACUUUGGAGAUAAUCUCUACUUCAAUCAAAAGUCAAAGCCAAGUAUAAAUAUAAAUUAAGAACAUAAAAAGUCAAAUUUGCCUUCAGCUCCUCAAGAAAAGGAGAAAAUUCUACCUUCAAUUACAAAGAGCAAUGCAACUCAGAUAAAAGUAAUUGAUCACUAGAACUCUUAAAAUAGGGGUGCUAAUUCCAACUCAAAAUUAAGCAAUCAUAACCUGAAUAACGAUUCAGCAUCUUCAGCUCAGAUCAAAGACUAAAAGUAUAUGUAAAGUGACACAAGAAAAUAUAACCCCCUUAAUCUGAACUCUUAUGAGUAACUGAGUGAGGAUGAGUUCUAUAAUAAUGAAUCACUUAAUGCCUCCAAGCAAAUUAAAUCAGCCAAACAAUAGCAAUAAUAGAUAUAGCAGCCCCAGGUGAAACCAUCACUGAAUAUAAACAGCAAUAAAAAUGCUAGCUAAGAAAGCUAGAGUAGUGUAAGCAAACAAUCCACUUAAAAACAACCUAUAUAAAUGAUAGAUCAUGCUUCAGAUUCUCUGACUCACGGUGGUGAUGAUGAGGAGCCCUUCAAGUAGAACAUAAAAUCUCAGAGUAACUCAAUUGAGGGCUAGAAAUACUUAGAUGACAUUAAAAAGCUAGACCCACCAUAAUAAUUUAAUAAUCUUAACAAUACCUAGUCUUCAAAAGCCAGCAAUUUAGAUGCUAGAAGGCAAUAGAACAGUAACUCCACUAUUAACUAGAGUAAUUAGCCGUCUGCUUCUGCAAAGAUCAGCAGCAGACCUCCCCUUAAUAAUCCCAAUAAUAGAUAAGGGGCUUCUAGUCUUCCAGCAACUUAGAAUAGAGAUAGAGACAGCGAUAGUGUGGAGAGAAUGGCUUAGAUUAAUGAGAAAUUGAAGCAGGAACUGCUAGAUGUCAUUAAUAAAAUGGAAAUGUAACUCAAGAAAUUUGAGGAAAAGCGAAGAGCUAAAAUAGAAUCUGAAUUACAAACAAACACAGCUAUGAUUGACAAAAACAAAAAGAUCAAAAUGGGCUAGAAUAAAUUUUAAAGGAUAAAGCAAGAAGUAUAAGAGAUGUGGGCUUAACUUGAGCAUUCAUAUAACAUUGAACUCAUUAAUAAACUUGAAGAUGAGUUGAAGGAUAAAACCAACAGACUACAUCAAGCUAGAUCAGAAAUAGAGUCAGUUUAAAAGAUAGAAAAAGAACAGAAUGGAGCUCUAGAAAAUCUCAACAGGAACAAAGAAAAUUCCAAUAAGAUUUCUAACUUGAGUAAUUAGCUAAGGGUACAAAAGGAUGAAUACAAAAGACUCAAAGAUUUAAAUCUUUAAGAUUAGAAAUUAAUGAAGCAACAGCAUGAGCAAGUUAUGAGGUUGGAAGAAAAAUGCAAGAAGAUUCAGAUCAUGAUCAAGGAUUCUAAGAACAAGAACACAACUUAAAGAAGCAAUAUGCCUCCAAUGGUAACAGAUUUAACUAAGUCCAGACUUGAAGACGAAGUUAAAGAAAUGGAUGAGCAAAGAAUUAAAGACGAAAAGAGGUAUAAGUAGCAAGUAGGGAAACUUGACUAACAACUUAAGCAACUCAAUCAUGAGCUAUAGAUUCUAAGCAUCAAACUUAAGGAAAAAGACUAAGAGGUUAAAUUGAAUGAACUUAAGAUAAGAGAGCUAAAGAAGUAGGUACCUAAUACAAAACUUAAGCCUCUGAACCGUAAAGAUGGAAAAGUCAACAUGAGUGUCGAUACAAGACUGAAUGAUGAUUUUGACUCACUUAUUGAAGAGGAAAGAGCUCAAAGCAAAAGAGGUGAUGUGAGUGGAAGACCUAAAAUCUAAAGAAGAAUUAUUAGAGAUGGGAGCUAAAAAGUAAUGCAAAAGGUUAACUCAGCUAAAAAUCAAAUAAACGCACAGUAAUAGAACAAAAUAUCAUCUUAAAGCAAGUCAAGAGCCAAUAACAGACCUUAAACUAUUACUAGACAAAGUAGUGCCUCUGAUAAUAAGUAAGGGAGUAAGCCUGCACCUAAGCAGUUUAACAUAAGAAAUAAAAAGUAGGUUGUAAGGAAAAAUAGUAAUACUUCGCAGGUAUCUCAGAUAUCUAAACCAAAUAAUGACAUAUUGGCUCAGCUGCAUGAAGAAGAUAAAAGACUUAAUAUUGUAGAUCAGAGCGAUGAAAUAGAAAACUAGGUUAAUGAUGAUAAUGAUUUGGAGCAUCAUCAAGUUUAAGCGGAAAAGGAUGAUAAACUUCUGCAUACAAUCAAUGAAGAAAUAAGUCACUCAUAAUUUGAUAACUUCCCAAGCUAAAUGCCAAAAGUCAAAAAUAUGCAGGGACCUUUGAACAAGUAAGAUGAUAUUGUAGAAGAAGAAUAGAUCUAGGAUGAAAUUAAUAUGGGCUACGAUGAGGACUUUGAAGAUCCUGUAGGUGAGUCAAGAACUGAAAUGCAUAACUUGAACCUCUAGGAAUCCUCAAUAAAGAAUGAUUUUGAGCUUUAAAAUAAACUAGCAUCACCAAGUAUGAUCUCAUAAAAGCAUUCAAGUGAGAUCGGAACUGGUGCAAAUGACAAUAUUACUGAGAGUUAAUAAGAUUAGCAACAGAAUCAAAAGAAUGUAUUUGCUAAGCCAUCAUUUAUGAUGAAAAAGAAAAGAUGA